AUGCGCACUGACUUUGACAUAUAUAGAUAUGCCACUGUAAACUCUUACUGUACACAAAACAAAAAAAUGGGUUUAAAAGAGGAUGACACUACUCUGCGGUAUAGAAGAGCUCAGAGUGUCACAACAGCUGAAGAUAUCACAGAAAAAGAAAAGAAGGCCAGAAGAUCACAGUUUGAUAAGCCAUGCCACAAGCCCAGAGAUUCCCUUUUUUCAUGGAGCUCAAAAUUUACAAAUUUUACUGGCUUAGUGAAUUGGGGAUUUCUUAUGUUAACUAUCAGUGGUCUAAGAUUGUGCCUUGAAAACUUUUUAAAGUAUGGCAUUCGUGUAAACCCUUUUGAAUGGGUUAUUGUUUUAACUGGAUAUAAUGAAGACUACAAUCACCAAUAUCCAUCAGUUAUAUUGCUGAUUUUUAGUGGAGUUAUUCCAAUAGUGUGUCUUCUGGUUGAAAAAGCAAUUGCUGCAAAUGUUAUCUCUGAUCGAGUGGGAGGAACCAUACAAAUUUUAAUCAUCUUAUUCGAAAUUAGCUUGCCUGUUAUUGCUCUCAAUUUAACAAAUCAAGAAUUUAAUAUUGUUGGCAUAUCCACAGUCUGCAUGGUUUAUCUAAUUCUAUUUUUAAAACUGUGGAGUUACUGCCAAACUAAUCACUGGUGCCGACUUGCAGCUAAAGGAAACCAUUCAAAUUCAAUGCGUCGACAGAGUUUAUCUAUGCCUAAUUGCAAUGAGCUUGAUAUCGCAGAUUGUGAUCAAAACCUAGAUAAUGACGUCACCACGGGAAUAGUUCAGUAUCCUGAUAACCUGAGUCUUAAAGAUUUAUUCUAUUUCCUGCUAGCACCAACCCUCUGCUAUGAAUUGAAUUUCCCUCGCACGACUCGUAUACGAAAAAGGUUCCUUAUCAAACGUAUCGUCGAGGUAAUAUUCGGUGUGAACCUCGUAAUGGCGCUGUUCCAGCAAUGGAUGAUCCCAGCUGUCCAAAACGCCUUGGAUCCAUUUUCACAGAUGGACUACGUCAGAAUAGUGGAGAGACUGCUGAAACUAGCCGUACCCAAUCAUUUGCUAUGGCUGUGUUUCUUCUACCUCACAUUCCACUCCUUUCUAAACCUUAUGGGCGAGCUGCUCCACUUCGCGGAUAGGAACUUCUAUGGGGACUGGUGGAACGCUAAGAAUAUCUCCAUAUUUUGGAGUUCUUGGAACAUGCCAGUUCACAUUUGGGCGGUUCGGCACGUAUACGUGCCCGUCACUAACAUGGGUUACAGCAAGGGAGUUUCAGCUAUAUUAGUUUUCUUCAUAUCAGCCUUCUUUCAUGAAUAUGUGGUGAGUGUGCCACUGCAAAUGUUCCGCGUGUGGGCAUUCCUAGGCAUGAUGGCGCAGCCGCCGCUCGCUGUCAUCUCGAAGGUGUUUGAGCAGAGACUGGGCGACCGCUGGGGCAACAUGGUCGUCUGGGCUUCCCUCAUCCUCGGGCAGCCGCUCGCCAUCAUGAUGUACUACCAUGACUACGCGGUUGCACAUUUCAACUCUUAA